GUGUUCAGCAUGAAUGGGAAUGAGCUGCUGCGUUGGAAGCCACACCGACGCUGCCAGAGUGUCGCCUGUCAGUGCCCAGCAGUGUGCCUGUCAGUGCCCAGCAGUGUCGCCCAUCAGUGCUGCCCAUCAGUGCCACCCAUCAGUGCCCAGCAGUGUCGCCUGUCAGUGCUGCCCAGCAGUGCCACCUGUCAGUGCCCAGCAGUGUCGCCCAUCAGUGCCACCCAUCAAUGAUGCCCAGCAGUGCCACCGAUCAGUGCCGUCUGUCAGUGCGUCCAGGUAGGCAAGUGGUUAAUUGCAGUGUUGGC